AUGUCUGUCUUCACUUUCGACCCUGACCCGCCCCGGGUUGCAUCUCCAUGGCUGCGGCCGGGUGACGCCAACAGAUCACCAAGUUCGGGCCAUCUGGCUGGCCAGAAGGGGACGGUCGGCCUCGGGCUGCUCUCCGACUAUGGUGUCUCCAAACUAGAACCCGAGCCCCAGGACGGUCCAACCGAGUAUAAACUUCACCUGCUCCUCAGACCCCGCAGGAAGUAUGAGAAUGUGAGCACCACGGCUCGGAUCUCCGGUUCCUCCUUGCCCAGGCCAUCGUCCGAAGUAAAAACGUCAAAAUCGGCCUCCAUCAGCCCUGGACCAUCCGCCACUUCGGCCCAGACGCGCCAGGAUCGUCUCGAGCACUUGACGACCCAGCUCCUAUGGCGAUUGCAGCAAUCAUGCCCUUACCAUGCCGGCACUGCUUCUCCGGCGCUUGUCAUCCCUCAGCUACCCGACGAAAGCGACGCACUCAAUGCGCAGGUCAAGAUAGGCAAGUUGGUCCCGGGCUUGGAGGCAUCGAGGGGGGCGCUUUACGAAAUUGGCGUGGCGGACGAUGGAACCCUGGCUGGUCUGACCAAAGACGAGAUGGACGAGAGCCUUACUACUCUCCGCAUUAUGGCCGCCAGCUUGGGCUGUAAUGUUGAAGUGCUCCGUAUGCUGAGCGUAGGCGAGUGCGAAUGGAUUGAAUCACGCGGCACGGAGGACGCUGCGGGGAUGGGGUCAGGGGGCACAUUGCGCAGGGCCCAGUUGUGGGUUGUCGAAGCGCUGGUGACGCCCGACUUGCGGCCCAGAGACGAGGCCCAGUCACCGGCCGCCAGAUCGCCUGCUGCAGCGCGGGUGACCGAGUCCUUGCCCGACCCAAAACAAGGCCCGCUGACGGCAAAUCAGUUGCGAGUUACCUUGACUGGCCCAACGACGUCGGGUAAGUCGACCCUCUUAGGCACGCUCUCGAGCGGGACCCUGGAUAAUGGCCGGGGCAAGGGCCGCUUAGGCCUUCUCAAGCACCUCCACGAAGUCGCCUCUGGUAUCACGUCCUCUGUCACUCAGGAGCUUGUUGGUUACAACGACGGGGAAAUCAUCAACUAUGCUCACAGUGGUGUCGAGUCUUGGAUUGAUAUCCACGACUUCACAAGGGAUGGGCGGCUAGUCUACCUGUUGGACUCCGCAGGCCAUCCGCGAUACCGGCGGACCAUUCUCCGAGGCAUCGUCGGGUGGGCACCUCACUGGACUUUGCUGUGUAUCGCGGCGGACGGAUCGGAGUUCAACCCCGCUGCUGGCGCAACGACCGGCCCUCAAGACACUCUGGGACCCGCAAGCACUGGUGUUGACCUUGCGUCUGCCCACUUAGAUCUCUGUUUGCGGCUCGGUCUUCCUUUGGUCGUGGUCAUAACCAAAUUGGACUUAGCAAACAAGUUAGGCCUCUCUGCAACGCUUAGCAAAAUCCUGUCAAGUCUGAAGAAAGCUGGCCGGAUACCCAAGAUCGUGAAAGGAGGCUCACAAAGCGAUGCUGACCCUAGCCGGGUGUCCGACCUCGACAGGAUAGCCGUCAGGGAUGCGCUACAUUCCAUCGGGUUGGAUGAGAACCUGGUUUCUGUUGUCCCAAUUCUCUUAACCAGCGCGGUCGAUGGCCGCGGUGUGGGCGCCCUGCACGCCUUGCUCCAAGGCCUCCCUUUACCUCGACCCCCAACGUCCUUUGACUUCAUCGGUGCAGCCUUAAACCCCGAGCAGCCGGCCUGUCUCUUUCACAUUGAAGACAGAUUCAGUCUACCUGCGUCCUACGCCUUGGCCACCAAUGACGCAGACGAACAAACUGACCUGGGUACCGUCGUAGCCGGGCACCUCCGCUUCGGCAGCCUCUCCAUUGGCGAUCGAGUCGUCGUUGGCCCGUUCCCUUCCGAAGAUGAAGACAGCCAUGGUGCGACGCCCGAUGAGCGCGGCUUAGCUUUACCUCAUAGCUACGGCCUUUCACCCGCGCACCCGUCGCCUUCCGAACUGAGCCGCGUUCCUUCGCGGAACGCAGUGUCGGCCUCGGCGACAAGCGGUGAGUGGCAUACGGCUUCCAUCGUCAGCAUCCGUAACCUCCGGUUGCCGGUACAGACCCUCACCGCCGGGCAGGUCGGUUCCAUAGGGAUGGUGUUUGACCCGCUCCCAGCAACAGCAACCGCUGGCGAUCAUACCGGUGGCCAAAUUAUCAACAACCACCACGGCAUCAAGGCCAAAUCUGCGCCGGCGCAUUCGCCAUUAUCGGCGACUCCGACACCCACUACCCCGGUCACUGCCUCUGGGAUAACAAAACACCCUCGAUUACGCAAAGGCAUGGUUGUAGCCGUACCCAGUCAGCACAUGGUCUCGUCCGGCCUGUCGCUUCAAGCCGUGAGCGGGUUGACAGCCACGUUUGAUGCCGAAAACCGCGAGGUUGCGACCCUGACGGCGGGUGUGCUUGUGAAUGUGUACAUUGCAAGUGUGCGGUCGGCCGCAAGGGUCGUGAGCAUUUCCCGUGUAGGCGGCAGUACCAAUCAUGGAAGUAGGCUGACCACUGGCCAGGAAGGCGAGGCAGAUGAAGAGGAAGGGUUGUUUGGACUGACCGAGGAGAUCGAAGAUGUUGAAGGGAGCGGUCGUCAGGGUCAGGGGCCAGCGACGAUAGAUGUUGAGAAGAAUGGAGGUGUGGAGGUGCAUUUUGAGUUGUUGUCGACGAGGGAGUGGGUAGAAUUGGGGUCGCAAAUUCUGGUGCUGGAGGGCGGGAGACAGGAUCGGUCUGGACUGGAGGGGUUUGUGGGAAAGGUGGUUGAGAUUGUGGAAUAA